CCAUUUAGUGUAAAGGUCGUUUACUAGGUCACGUAGAAUUGGAGUGCGCGCAAUGUCACCUUGUUCACUUAUUUUUAGCAUACCAGGUAAAUACAGAACAUGCAUUCAGAGUUUUAAACUGUGUUCAAAUCUUCGUGCUAUGGCGACAGCCACUCAGAAGCCGAACCAAUCUGAUGAUCCUAUAAUGAAGGCGGAAUCAUUAGCUAACCAAUAUGAAGAAGAUGUCACUAGUUCUGUCGCUAAGUGGCUGAAGGCAAACGAAAUCUAUUAUGGCAAGGAACGUGACUUCAAUAACUACCCGACUUACAAAGCUCCAUAUUGUCAUCCCAAAGUUAGGAUGGGUGUAUUUCCUGAUUCUUGGUUUCAACCAUUUUACAAUAAAACCGGUGUCACUGGGCCAUAUAUGUUCUUGUUUGGUUCGUUUAUGUUUUUGAUGAACAAGGAGAUAUGGAUAUACGAUGGCCAUUGGUUUGAAUUUAUUGUAUUUUGUUUAGUAUGUACCGGGGCUAUCAAAAAACUAGGCCCUCAUGCUACUAAAUUUAUUGAAAAACUUAAGGAAGAACACGAUCAAGCGAUGUAUUAUCAACCAUUAAAUGAAGUAAAAGGUUAUGUAGACAAUACAAUCAAAACGUGUGAAACGGAAAUAGCAAGGGCAGCUGUUGUUCCUGAACAUAUACUUGCUAAGAAAGAGAAUAUCGCCCUACAACUCGAAGCCACUUAUCGUGAACGUCUUCAAAAUGUGUACCGAACAGUACAACGCCGUUUAGUAAGUUUUCAGUCAUAAAUAUACUAGGUAUAGCUAACAAUAUUCAGCUACGACAAAUUUUCUAGUUCGCAAACACAUAUCCAUAUUAUUAACGAUGAAUCGAGAUUCUAAUUACACAAAAAGCUAGUACAAACGUGAAAUGUUGAGACUAGGACUAGACGGCGAGUGUUCCAGGUUUCCAGUUUUCAUCAGUAAGGAUAGAUCAGUCGACCAAUAUUAGUCUCUGCAAUUCGUAGUACUGUGUAAAUCCAGUUUCGCUCUGAAUGUAUAGAGAGAUUCUGGUGACUACUGUUCAGGAUGAGGAACCCAGUAAUUCACUACUUGAUGACUAUCAUGUUGAACGUGAAAAUACACGAAAACGUUAUGUUCAACAACAUAUGGUAAAUUGGGUUGUAGAUCAUGUCAUCAAAGGAAUCACUCCUGCUCAAGAAAAAGACACUUUAACGCAUUGUAUCAAUGAAUUGAAACGAUUGGCUCAAACUAGCAAAGUAGCAACUGUUUAGUCGAUUGCACUGAUAGUCAAUUUUCUCAAUUGGAAAACAGCUUAUUUUCAAAAACCAAAUACAUUAGUGUUUAAUUUCU